CAACUAAUAAGAAAAUAUAUGUAAGGAUAAUAUUAUUCGCUUAAAAGGAAAAUAAAUACAUCAAGUUAGCUAGUGAGAUCAAAUUAAUUACUGUCACUUGCAGAAACUAAUGAUUAAAUAUAAAAAAAUAAAACUGACUCUUAAUUAUCAAACUCGCAUAAAAAAAUAUCAAGAUCAAUUAAUAAUCUUCAAACUAAGAAAGAUCAAAAUUUAGACUUAGCAUUCAUGACUGUAACAAAACCAGAUUCAAGGUAUGAUUUUAGUAAGUUUCCUAAUUUGGAAAAAAAAACUGAUGUUUAAAGAGUGAAUUGGUUUACUAAAUAAAAUAAAUAGAUAGAAUAAUAACAAAAUUUUUUAGAAUUCUUAAAUGCUACAAGAGCAUAAUCUACAAAAAAUUAACCUAAGCCUAAACUUGUUCAUUAAAGCAAAAUUGAUGAUAAAAAUGAAUUAAAUUACUGUGACAAAUAUUUUGUAGUUAAAACACCAAUUAAACCUAUUUAAAUUAAAUAAAAAACUUCCAGUAAAUGUAAUCAUAUUUAUUUAGGAAAGAACUAAUAAGUAUGAGCUCAACUAUGAGUAGGAUUAAAAAAAAAACUAUAAACAGAAAUUUGAAUUUAGAAUGUACUAUAAAAUUUAAAUUAAAUAGAAUUUAUAGAAAAAAAUAAUGAAUUACGUAGACAUUGUUAAACUUAAUAAGAUCAUCAAUAUACUUAAAAUUCUAUUUUGGAGUAAUUACAAAUUAAAAAUAUCUAACAUAUUAAUUUGUAUUCAUCUGUCAAAAGAGGUAUUAAGAAUUAAAUUUUACAUAAUCAAUAUAAGAGUGAAAUUAAAGAUUUAAUAGAAUUAGAUGAUGAAUUGACUGAAUAAGAUUAUGAUACUAUUAAAGAAUUAUAAAAAAAGUGCAUUUUUCAAAAUCCAUUCACUAAUACUCAUUAAAACUAAAAUAAUAUGGUUAAUUAAGAGAUUGUUAACAUUAAAUCUAAAGUUAAUGAUUAAAAUGAAAAUGAAUAGUUUAUGAUUAUUCAAAAAAGAAAAAAUAAAAUAAAAAGAGUUUUAUUGUAAAUAACUUUAUUUCUACAUUGGAUGAUUGAACAUAAACUUAAAUAUGAAGACAUUAUUAGUGGAAAUGUUUUUUAAGCUAAACCAUAUUAAAGUGAAAAGUCUAAAUAAUGUUUUUAAAAAGUAAAAGCAAAUGAUAUUGAAGUUGUGAAUUAAUUUAUAGGUCAUAAUAAAUUUCUGGUUUAUGAUUAUGAUAAUUUUAAAUUAACUAUGCUUCAUCAUGCAGUUAUUAGAGAUUAUCCUGAAAUGGUAAUAUUAAUUUUACAAAAUUAUGCUGAAGUUAAUAGUAAAGAUAUUGUAAUAUAUUUAAUCUAUUAAAGUAAGGUAGAACACCUUUAUUUUAUGCAAUCAAAGGAAAAUGCAAUUAAUGUGUUUGCAUUUUAUUAUUUUACAAAGCCUCUCCAUGGGGUAAUACCAAGAAUAAUUAUGAUAAAUAUCUAGAACUUUUAGAUCCUAGAGUAAGAGACUUAUAUAAAAAAGCAAAAACAGUAAAUAAAUAUGAAAAUAAUUUUAGAUUCAUCUUCGUAUGUAAAUACUUAAAGCUUCCAAAAGAGAACAUUAUUGGUCAUAAUAAAAAUUAAUAUUUACAUAUAAAUGAU